GGUGUUUUAAAGCCGUGACAUCUGAAGAAUCAUGGCCAAGAAGACAGAAGUUAUCAACCUGUCCUUCCUUCUAGAGCACGAGAGGGAGAUGAUCCUUAGCGUUCUGCAAAAAGAUGAAAAGCUCUGCAAACGAGAGGAAAAGCGCAUACGGAAGCUGAAGAAUGAGCUGCUGGAGAUGAAGCGGCGUGGCCGGCGUAGUAAUCCAGAACAGCGGGAGUGUGGUGUGUGUCUGAGAGCUCUGGGGCUGAUCCUCCAGAGGGGCAGUGUGUGUAACGAAUGUCACCGGCGUGUCUGCAGCUACUGCACAGCCGCUUCAGCGGACCGAAGCCGCACCCAGUGCUCUGUGUGUGCCAAGACUGCUCAGUUAAAGGUGGUCACAGGUGAGUGGUUUCUGGAGGAGCGAGCCAAGCGUUUCGACCAAAAUACAAUCAUCAGCACUGAAGUGGUCAAACAGUCUAUAGUCAACAGCGUGUCAGAUGGACAAUCAUCUCAGAGAAAGCUUACUCCAUCAGGACUGGACCGGCCAAGCACACCCCAAUCUGAGCGAUCAGCUUCACCUCAGUCUGAGAGAAGUGCUGGCCGGAACAUCGGCAAGAAAAAAGGGACCAAACCAGUGGCUGUGGAGUCAUCAGGUUUACCAACCACACCAAAUAACAUGCGCUUACACCCAGGUCGAUCACCACUACAGGCUGAGGGAAGAAAAAGGCCUGAUGGAGCAGAGAGUGUUUGCAGUAUGCACAGCACUGACAGUAUCCCUGAGACACUCAGCAACAGGAAGAACAGAAAAGACUCAGCUGCACCUUCUAUUGCUUUGUCCAGAGCCUCUCUCUCAUCAGACCGCAGUCGCUCUGAGGUUGACCUCACAAACUUGGGUGAGGAGUUCAGUAACGAUUCUCUCCCUGGGCGCUGCCACUCUGUUCCAGGACUGAAUAAUGUGGACUCGGAUGAGGACAUUGACACCCUGAUGUCUGCUCACUACAAAACCACCCACAGUAUCAGCAGUGCUCAAUCAGUGAGCAGUCUGAACAGCAUGAUGAGCGUGUACAGUGAGAUGGGUGACUACGGUAAUGCCCGUGUCUCUGGAGAGAUCCUGCUCAACAUUUCCUAUAGCUAUAAAACUGGAGCACUCAACGUUUUUGUGCGCGAGUGCCGCUGCCUAGCAACCGCAGACGACCGCAGACAGCGUACUGACCCUUAUGUAAAAACGUACCUUUUACCAGACAAGUCGCGCCAGAGUAAAAGGAAAACCAGCAUCAAAAUCAACACCACUGACCCAGUGUUUAAUGAGAACCUAAGGUAUGUGGUGAGUCAUUCCCAGCUGGAGACGCGCACUCUGCAGGUUUCUGUGUGGCACCAUGACCGUUUCGGACAUAAUAUCUUCUUAGGAGAGACAGAGCUGACCUUUGACACCUGGGAGUUUGAUACCCAGAUAGAGGAAUGGUUCUCCUUACAACCCAGGGCUGAGAGCGCUGCUGACUCCAUGAUACAGUAUAAAGGCGAGCUGACUGUAGUGCUGAAGUACAUUCCUGCAGAGAGAAACCUCUCACUGCCACUGGACCAAAUACAAGUGAAAAGACGGUUUCUAAAAGGGAAGAAGAGUAUCACACUGCCAAAAGGAGGGAUGGUAGAGCUGCUGGUAAAAGAAGCCAAGAACUUGACAGCCGUCAAAUCAGGGUCCUCUGAUCCAUUUGUCAAAGGGUACCUGCUGCCUGAUGACAAGAAAAGCACAAAACACAAGACAUCGGUGGUGAAGCGUUCAGUGAACCCACGCUGGAAUCACACAUUUACCUACUGUGGUCUGCAGCACAGCGACCUGGACAGUGUGUGUCUAGAGCUCACUGUCUGGGACAAGGAGCCGCUUUCCAGCAACGUCUUCCUCGGGGGAGUGCGUCUUGGAUCUGGGACUGGUCUCAGCUAUGGGAAGGAGGUGGACUGGAAUGAUUCCUAUGGUGAGGAGCAGCGACUAUGGCAACGCAUGAUUGAAAACCCUGAGGUUCCACAGGAGUGCACGCUCAUGCUGAGAUCCAGCAUGGCCAAGAAAAAGACGUAGAGAGGGUCAGGGGUGGAACUAUACUUGUCUUGCAAUACUCAUUAACCCAUACUGCUCGUUGUCAUUUUAACGUAAAGUGCACUUCCUGUACACCACUGAUAUCUACAUUAUGUGUCUAGACUGACUGACAUUAUGUACUUGUCCUCACACUGCCUUAGGGUUAUAAUUACUCACUUUACUGUCUUACUGCCUCUCUAAAAUGCAUCAAACAUGCACAAACAUGCUAAGAAAUGGCGAUGCCUGCAGGCAGCACAAAAUAAACUUGCACAAAACAUCCAUGUCAAAAAGCGCACACAAACUGACCAUGUCUUCAUAUAGACAGUUCUACUUUUAUUGUGCUACCAGACCAUAUGGAUGAAAACUAAAAACUUCCCACAGUCA